AUUCGAAACGCACGUGGUCGUUACAAAACGUUAAUUUAGUCGGAAAGUAUUCGAAAUGAAUUUCAUCAGAAACCGAAUCGAUCAUCCACCAGAUCCACCACCUGUGCCUCAGAUUUAUCGCCACAUCGACUUGCGGCUAAAAUCCAGCCGAACGGCCAGCAGAAGUUUGAACGAGACCCACGCCGGGAAUGAACCGUACGUGAUAUGUACGAUUGCCGAGGGUCGUGGCUACGCCAAUCUGGAAAUCGGAGUAGCCGCAAUUGAUAUAUCGGCACCGGUUCUGCAAAUGUCACAAUUUAGCGAUAACUUUUGGUAUUCGAACAUUCUAACCUCACUCGAAGCUUUCCAGCCGCACGUGAUUUACUUCAGUGAUCACUCACUCAAUACGAGAGCUUCGAAUCUUCCAACCAUGAUCCGAAACCAGCUGCCCAAUGUUCAGAUAAGUGGGGUUCCGAGGGCAUUCUUCAACGAUCGUUGUGCCGAGCGAUACAUGAGCAACUAUUGCAGUUCGAGCUACGAUACGAUCAAGGACGCGAUACGGUGCAAAUACUAUGGAUUGUCCGCCGUAGGGGCACUUUUGCGGAUCUGCUUCGAAAACAACAUCCUGCAGGUUGCGGCUAAAGCUUUGCAGUUUAUGUAUCUCGCGAAAAUUGAUACGCUGAUGAUCGACGGCGAGUGUGUUGGACACUUGGAAUUGAUACGCUCGCUGCAAGAUAAGGAUGGGAAAAAUUCGCUUUUCAAUUUUCUCAAUCACUGCAUAACUGGAGUGGGAAAAAGGCAUUUGCGGGCAAACUUAUUAGAACCAUGCUGUCGGCGAGAUCUGCUGGAAUCGAGAUUGAACACUAUUGAUGAACUUAUCGGCCGAUCUGAUUUGCUUCAAGGGAUUCAGCGUAUUCUCCGUCAGCUUGUUGACAUCGGUGGAUUAACCAAACUAGCAAUCGAUGUAGAUAAGUUGAAUACUACUAAACAAAAUACAAUUCACGUGUUGAAUCAGGCGGUUACUUUGAAGAACGCGCUGGCAUUCAUUCCCGAAUUGAAUGACUUAUUUCAAACUGUGAGCUCAAGCAUUUUGCAAGAUAUGAAACAAAGUUUUUCCAACGAAAGGUAUCAAGAACUCAGAGAAAAGAUCACUUCCGUAAUUGGAUCGGAUAGCGAAGGCGUGCAGCAAACAUCAGACUACAGUAGACUAUUUUUGGUUAAGCAAAAAGUUUCAACCGCCCUGGACAUUCUCCGUGGGCUGUAUUCCGAGGUCAUUGAUGAAAUUCGAGAAUAUGUCGCCACAUUAACUCAAACGCACCGGCUUCCGUUUAAAAUGUCCUCCCGGAAGUCUUGGGGGUUUUAUAUUCAGGUCACCAUCAACGAGGGCAAUUCCGCAUUUCCCUCGCUGUUUAAGGUGCUCAAUCGAUCGGGUUCACGAUUUUCCCUAAGCACCAGUUGGUUGCAGGCUUGUAACGAGCGGAUCAACGGCAUUACUCGAGAAAUUGAACUCGUUAGCUAUGGGGUAAUUCGGCAGUUGAUGGACAACAUUCGAGAGGACAUUGAGAUGGUAUACGUAUUGGUGGCUCAUAUCACAAAUCUAGAUGUGCUUCAGUCGCUAGCCGUCGUGAGUCAGGAAAAGGAUUUCUGCCGACCCAAGUUUGGUAGAUGUACGAAAAUCGUGGGAGCGCGUCACCCUUUACUCGAAUUGUACGGCGAAGGGGUUAAAGUUGUUAAAAAUAACAUUAUAUCGACUCCGGAAUACAACGUAUUCAUAGUCACCGGACCGAAUAUGAGUGGUAAGACGGUUUACAUCAAAACUAUUUGUUUGCUGCAGAUCAUGGCCCAAAUGGGUUGCUAUGUACCUGCGUUAAGGGCCGAAUUUCGCAUAGCAGACCGUUUGAUGGCCAUCUUUGGCGCAGCGGAAAACAUUGAACAAGACGUGUCCCAUUCUACUAGGAUGUCACGAAAACUGGAGGCAAUCGCACAAAGUGUAACAGUCAAUUCACUGGUGGUAAUUGAUGAGAUUUUCAGCGAUACUCAACAUCCAGAUAGCAGCGGACCACGAUGGAAACUGUUGGAAAAUUUGGUCAACUUUGUCGGUUUUCCAGAGAACGAAGCUUGUCAGAGUCUUUCGGCUGUAUCCAGACCUUUUAUCUAUCUCACCACCCAUUGUCAUAAUAUGUUAAGGCCGCUUCAGCACCUAAACAACGUUUCUCAGCUCUGUCUUCAGACAGAAACUCGAACUGUGGAUGGUGUAGAUCGACUUCACUACAAAUACACCGUAUCCGAGGGUAGAACCAGUGUCCGGAACUACGGUAUUGCCCUAGCAAGAGGUCUCCAAAUCCCAGACAGCGUUAUCAAGCGAGCUGAAGAAAUCAACGAGCAACUCAAGGCCCAAGAAAACGGAAAUGUGACCGGUCGUUUCAGAAAUAACACCACAACCAUGGAAGGGUCUUUUUCAACCCAAUCAAAUAUGCGUCACUUCAACAAACGGCUCUACGACCUGUACGCCCAAAUAGCUUGCGUACUGUCAGAUUCCAGUAUUGCAAACAGUCCCAACACUAUACAGAGUCAUCUCAACACUGUUCUUCAGGAAUUCGUCGGGCAGCUUCCGGCAGAUGUUGUGCAGUAUUUGAACGAUACAUCGCUAGAUACUUUGUUGCAGGAGAGCUUGGAAGGGCUUCCCAGGAACACGUUCAUUAUGACUAGCUUGAGUCAAUUCGUAUCAGGAACAAUGAACUCCAGUUCGAAGAAUGAGUCGAGCCAAGGACAGACGAUCCAUUUAAGUGAUGAUGGUGAUGAUGAUGAAGAUAUAAUCUAA